AUGGGUCUCAUUCUGAAGCGAACCAACGAGGCCCUCGACAUCAACCCACCCCCAGCCGUCGAGCAGAGCCUGAGCGUCAACGGCUCCAACUGGCUCUGGGCCUGCGUCGCCAUCUACUCGCUCUUCUUCCUCGGCGUGUUCGCCCUGUCCUUCAAGCCCCGAAGCAAUGAGAAGAUAUUCCACUACCUCCUGAGCAUCGCCCUCCUCGUCGGCUCCAUCACCUACUUCGCCAACGCCUCCGACCUAGGCUGGUCCCUCGUCUCCGAGCGCCAGAUCUUCUUCACCAAGUACAUCAACUGGGUCGUCUCCUUCCCCAUCGUCAACAUCCUCCUCGGCCUCGUCGCGAACUCGUCCUGGGCCACAAUCACCUACAACGUCUUCCUCUCCUGGGUCUGGGUCAUCAGCUACCUCGUCUCCGCCUACACCCCGUCCGUCUACAAGUGGGGCUUCUUCGUCUUCGGCACCGUCGCCUACCUCGCCAUGGCCGCCUCGACCCUCACCGAGGGCACCGUCGGCGCCAAGCGCGUCGGCACCACCGCCGACUACUUUGUGCUGGCUGGCUACUUCAACCUGCUCUGGCUGCUGUACCCGAUCGCGUUUGGCGUCUCUGAGGGCGGCAACAAGAUCGGUGUGACUCCCCACUUCAUCUUCUUCGGCAUCCUGGAUGUUCUCAUGAUCCCCUUUGGAUCUGUCGUUUUCCUCGUGCUCUCCAGGAAGUGGGAUUACAACGCCCUCAACCUCUACUUCACGCAGUACGGCCGCGUGCCCCAGCACGGCGGUCAGUUCCCUGAGAAGUCGACUGCUCCCGCUCCCUCUGCGACUCCGGCCGUCUGA